CCCAACGCCGGCGGCGGCGGCGGCGGCGGCCUGGCCAACCUCAACGUUCUCAGCCACGUGGCGGGCUUCCACGCCCUGGCCUCCUCGUCCCCUUCCUCCUCCUCCUCCUCCUCCACCACCAACACCAACGGCGCCCCCUACUCCCCACCCGCCAGCCAGCAGGGCUACUACAAGCUGGAGCGCUCGGGGGCCGUCACGGUGCUGUCCACCACGGCCGCCGACCUCGCCGACCAGCAGCUCCACUCCCAGGAGUCCACGCCCACCAAGAACGGCGUCCACGGCUUCCUGGAGUCCCCCGGGAGCUUCCUGGACACGCCCACCAAGAACCUGCUCAACACGCCUUCCAAGAAGCUGUCCGACCUCCCGUCCUGCCAGUGCAUGGAGCAAAUAGUUGAAAAAGAAGAAGGGCCUUACUACACUCACCUGGGGGCGGGGCCUAGCAUCACCGCAGUCCGAGAGCUGAUGGAGAACAGGUACGGGGAGAAGGGGAAGGCAGUGAGGGUGGAGGUGGUGGUGUACACCGGCAGAGAGGGGAAGAGCAGCCAGGGCUGUCCCAUCGCAAAAUGGGUGAUCCGGCGUGGCAGCGAGGAGGAGAAGCUGCUGUGUCUGGUCCGACACCGCGCGGGCCACCGCUGCGAGAGCGCCGUCCUGGUCAUCCUCAUCCUGGCCUGGGAAGGCGUGCCCCGCGCCGUGGCGGACCGCCUGUACAACGACCUCACCGACACCCUCUGCCGCCACGGCUCCCCCACCAGCCGGCGCUGCGCCCUCAACGAAGAUCGUACGUGCGCCUGCCAGGGUCUGGACCCCGAGACCUGCGGCGCCUCCUUCUCCUUCGGCUGCUCCUGGAGCAUGUACUUCAACGGCUGCAAGUUCGCCCGCAGCAAGAUCCCCCGCAAGUUCCGUCUGCUGGGGGACGAACCGAACCAGGAGGAGAUGUUGGAGCACAACCUGCAGAACCUGGCCACCGACCUGGCGCCCGUCUACCAGAGGCUGGCUCCCGAGGCCUUUCAGAAUCAGGUGGAUCAGGAGCAGGCAGGCACCGACUGCAGGCUGGGUUUGAGGGAGGGGCGCCCCUUCUCCGGGGUCACGGCCUGCGUGGACUUCUGCGCCCAUGCUCACAAAGACAUCCACAACAUGAACAACGGCAGCACUGUGGUGUGCACUUUAACCAGGGAGGACAACCGGGCGGUGCGGAACAUCCCUGAGGACGAGCAGCUCCACGUGCUGCCGCUGUACAAGGUGUCGGAGCGGGACGAGUUCGGCCGGGUGGAGGGCCAGUGGAACAAGAUCCAGACCGGCGCCCUGCAGGUGCUGUCGGCCUUCCCAAGAGAGGUGCGUCUGCUGGCCGAGCCGGUGAAGUCGGCCCGUAAGAGGAGGGAGGAGGCUCGUGUGAAGGCCCAGGCGGACAAGCUGGAGAAGAAGCUGGCCCAGUCGGCAGGGAAGGGGAAAUGUGAGACUCCAAACAAAGAUUUCAAAAGCACUUCAGCAGAGCAGCCGUCUCCGGGGUUCAAAGCGGAGCCUCAGGGCUUUUACAGACUGCCUGCCAGACCUCCGAGCGCAGGAAAGUACCAGUCAGAGCAGAACCAUGCCAGCACUUACAACCAGAGCACCAGCAACUACCCCUCUCCGGGCGCAGGGGUCCACCCAGGGAGAGAGGCCCUUUCGCCCCAUUCGUCUCUCCCGCCUGGCCCCCACUACGGACACAACGGGGCCAUCCACCAACACAGGACAAACGGAGAGGCGGUGAAUGGUUACUCUUCAGGAUCUGCACCGGUGCAUCGCAUACCCCCCCACCCAGGCCACCCCGACUACCCCCGCGGGUUUAAAACGGAGCCCCAGGAGGUCCACUACUCCCCUCAUCCCGGCCACGGCGCAGCCUCUCCAUCUCCUUCCCCUCAGCCAAUCACAGAGGGCCUCUACAGCAGACUCAACGGGCUCAACGGGGACGCCCCGGGGCACGGCCCAGAGGUCAGGGGUCACGGCCUGGCGCCGCAGCCCUUCCCACAGCCGCCCGACACCUCUGAGGAGCUGAAGCAGGAGGAGGUGUGGUCGGACAGUGAGCACAACUUCCUGGACAACGACAUCGGCGGGGUGGCGGUGGCGCCGUCGCACGGCUCUGUGCUGAUCGAGUGCGCCCGCCGGGAGCUCCACGCCACCACGCCCAUCCUGCGGCCCGACCGCAGUCACCCCACGCGCAUCUCCUUGGUCUUCUACCAGCACAAGUCCCUGAACGAGCCCGGCCACGGCAUGGCCAUGUGGGACGCCAAGAUGGCCAAGCGGGAACGCGAGAGGGAGGAGGAGGCCAUGAGGCUGGGGAUGGCAGAAAGGGAGGCAGGGAUGAGGGGAGGAGGAGGAGGAGGUCUGGAGGAGGAGGGGGAGGGAGAGGAGGAGAAGAGGAGAGAGCCCAAGGUGCCGACCCGACAGGCUUGGACACUUCCGCGGGACGGAGUCAUCACCGUGGCCCCGUACGCGCUCACCCACGUAACGGGACCGUACAACCGCUGGACUUAGUGGUGUGUUUGUCUCACACGCACGCACACGCACACGCGCGCACACACACACACACACACACACACACACACACACACACGAACACACACACACACACACACACACACACACACACACACAUACACAUGCGCCCACACACACACACACACACACUCACAGUCAGAUCAGAAUGAUUAAGCUUACACACCCCAUGCUUCUGCCUUACCUCAACUCCAAAAUGUCUACUUCUUCACUUUUAUGUCACUUUUAUCGUGCUUUUCUAACAUGUUCUUUUGUAGUCUUUUCUCAUCUCUUGCCUUGAAAGUGAUGAGAAAAAGACCAAAGUUUGUGGGGAUUUUAAACUGUGAGUUUUGUGUUCUUUUUUUAUUGUAAAAAAAAAAUAAUGGAUGGUGCUUUCAAGAUUUUUUUUAAAUGUUUUUAAACUGGUUUUUAUAUACAAGAUUAAGAACAAAAAAAGUGAUUAUUUAUUCUGAUCAUGACAGUUUCUAUUUAAUUUCUGGUGUUAAACCUGUUGUUUACUGCAAAGUUUAUAUAUUUACCUACGGGUCAAUACACGAUCCGAUCGGACGCAGACAGAGUACGAGUGCAGGUCUACUGCACUCGGUUCCAUCAAGAGGUGCUCUCUUUAACCACGUGGCUCGCGUUGGCUUAUGCAGCGACACAUUUUAGUCAAACAAACACAUUACAUCGAACCCAUUUCAUCAGCGUGUAUGACACUGAGAACAAUGACUGACAUCCAUUCAGUACAGAUGAUGUCAGCGUUAUUUUUACGUUGCCCUCGUCCAAUCAGUUGCUUCAGUUCAAGGAAGUUUUUUGUGAUUGCUUGCUUUGUUUCUACAACUCUCGAUUGUCUUUUAUUUGGAAUACACAUAUUUUAUGGCAUAUUAAGGAGAUUUUGAUUUCUAAGACCUAACUUGAAAGAGGGACCCCGGUCCAUAGGCGUAUACUUAUGUAUGUACAGAUAUAUAUAUAUAUAUAUACAGUAUAUAUAUAUGACAUAGCCAUAGAUAAAACUGCUCUUCUUUUUAAAAUAUUUCUACGUUGAUCUGAUUAGAAAUUCUGCAAGUGAAUUGAACAACACUAUAUUACAAAACUGCAAUCAUGUCUAUGAAAAUUCAGUGUCAUCCACAAUUAAGUAUGUUUCAAAGAUAUUUUUUAGCACUUAUGUUCACGUUCGGUAAUUGGUUUCGCCUAGUGAUUGCAUAGGAAACAAGGUCAUAGGACUCAUGUCGUUUACAAUCAUGGCAUAAACUGUACAUUUUACUGGUGCUUUGGAGAUCACUUCUCCUGCUAGAGUUUCAAAUGUCUAGAAAAUCUAUAGCCAGUUGUUAAACUUGAAUACAUGACUUCAUCGAUGAAUGCAAAAUCAACAAAACGUUUUGUCUCUCGAUGUCAUAAUCAUACAGUAUCCAUAGGAAAUUCUGCUCUCUACUUCAAUAAUGCGUCUGCGUUAGACAUACAGGGUUGGUGUCCACGGGGUGAAGCAGCAGAAUUGUUAAUAAUAACCCUUUAAUAAAAGACGAUUAUAGAUUAUCAUCACUAAUGACAUUUCAAAUACAGUGCAGUAGUAUUGCAAGUGAAAAGUUGAAUGGGUAUUGACGAGAUGUAUGCAUUUCCUAUGGAGACAUUGAAUUGUUUUGGUGCUAUGGGAAUGUGGCGUCAAGGUGCUUUCAGUGACUUUACCCAUUUGUGUUCUCUAAACGUGAACGUAUGGUGCUCUUAGUAUACACUGUUGCAACUAAUAUGGAUAAAGUCUCUGCAUACUUUCAAAGCUGUUGUACAUCCUAUAUGGCUUUGUUUAUUUUUACCUUAAUUUCUCCAUGGGGGAAAAACACUGAUUAAACCAACAAGAUCUUUUUUUUUUUUAUGUUUUAAGGGUUCCAAAGUCUUCCACUUGUAACCAAACUCGAAAAUAAAUCAUGUUCAACUGGGUGCUAUUUAUGGCAACAUGUAUAAAUCCUAAUCACUGAAUACAUAAAUAAUGCAAUGAAUGUAAACCUUUUUUUUUUUCUUUCGUCAAGUUCAUUUUGAGUCAGCUCAUUUUAGAGAGAAAGAUGCGACCACAUUGGUCAGGUUGUAAGUGUUCAUGUGGAUUCUUUUCUCAACUUCCCACCCACAAAGGCCCUACCUGUUGACUGUAUCAAUAAGGAACUAACAGAAAGCACCAGCAUUUAGAAUUCAGUUUUUAUUAUAAAGUGUGUAAUUAUGUAUGUGAACCAGGUUCUUUGUUGUACUGUUAAUGGUGUGUAGACAAUGGAUGAUUGCUUAUUUUCAAAUUGAAUUACUGUAACUUGCUGAAAAUAUAUCCAUUUAGACUUGUAAAAAAGAGACAAGCAUUCAUUUUAUGGAUGGCUGAUCUGUUUGGGAUUGUGAAAUAAAGACAUAUUUAUAUUUUGGACCUUUAAUCGUCUUUAUUUUGCCUUUUUACUUCUGGGAGACUGUGGGAGAGACUGCGGCUUUGAGCUUGCUAAUAAUAAAGCAGUGUUAAAUCAGUUGUAUUUUAGGCUUUCAGAUACCACAACAUUGAUUGAAGUGGAAUGCAUUUGUAACAAUAGUCCCAUGAAAACGUUAAGAAUAAAGAUUUUUAAUAGGCCUACCUUUUUUUACUCUGACAUGUUGAGUGAUUCAAAUAAUUGGUCAACACCAUUGAACAUACAAGCCUAGGAAGCCAGAAAAGCAACUGCUAAACUACCAACAACACUCAGAAUUGAACUAAUAUCGUAGGCCUACUGUACUAAAACAAUUGAAUGCUCCGGGAUCAGUAGAAGAAGAGAUAGAGGAACAUGUAACGCGCGUAGUA